UGCAUGAAAUUUGGACGUGGGUUUCAAAGAUUUGUUGUUAGUAAGGCAUUUGGAAGUGGAAAUAUUGUUUUUUUUUGAAGACCCAUUUAGAGUUGGGAGGUUAAAUGCAGAAAAAAAUUUGAUCUUUUUGUGUGCCCUUUGUGGAUUUGAGGCAUAAAGGGGUUUGUGGGGUUUAUCUAAUGAAAAACAUUUUCUACUUCUUUGAUGCUGAUUCAAGGGCAAAUGGGUGUGAGAGGAGUAGUAGUUCAUUUCUUUGUGUUCUUCUUUAUGCUUUUGGUAGCAGUACUUGGAAGCAAGAAGGACUCAGAUAAUCAUUUACUUGACAAUCUCAUCAACUCUCCUGAGAUUAACAGGGACAUGGUUGAGCUAUUGUGGUUGAACUGUAGGAUAGAGUUAACACGUCCUAAUGAAGCUGUUGAAGAUCUCAAGUAUUAUGUCACGGAGGAAGUUUUAACUGUGAGAGACGAAGUCCUUCAUAAAAGUAUCUCAGAAAAACAUAAGCACAUCGGUGACUUACAUCCGCUGGUUAAGCAAGCUCUUCUAGGUUGUUUGAGGGAAAAUAAUCUCUUGUUUCUUAUAUGUGGAGAGGAGAAGGGCUCGUCAAACUGGUAUGCCAGGUGUGUAGAGUUUCUCUCCUCCUGGCACGGAGCUCCUAAACGACGCAUAUUGAAAGCAGCACCUAAUCCUCCUCCUGCCCCUCCUAAGUCAAAGCCAGCUAAAUCACGAGACGACAAAAACUCAAAAAAGAAAUCCGCAGCUAAAGACAGUAAGAAAACAAACACGGUUGGAGUUCCUAUUAUAGCCACUGCUGCCGCCAUAUCCGUUCUCAUAGCACUUCUAUGCAUAUGCUGUUGUUGUAAGUGCUGUAGGAGAUCCAAAAAGGGGUUGAAUGACGAGAGACCUCUUCUUAGCAUAAGCUCGAGUGACUAUUCAUCACAUAAGUCAUCUGCUUUAGGAUCUUCAUUCAAUAAUGCUGGAAAUCAUUCAUUCAAUAACAAUCCCAAUGAUGAUUCUAAAAUUGAGAUUCGAAGGACGGGACCAGCUGGAAUGCCUCCACUGAAACCUCCCCCUGGUAGGGCGGUUCAUUCUGAAGCUCCUGCCCCACCUGCACCUCCGCCUCCUGCAAAGCCAACAACUCCUGCACCUGCUGCACCACCUCCACCACCAGGAAAACCUUCGUCUGUUGGCCCAAGUCCUCCUAAAACUGGACCUCCUCCACCACCACCUAUGAAGCCUGGUCCUCGAGCACCACCUCGGCCACCUUCCAUGGGCUUGAAGCCACCUCGAAUUUCACCUCUUGGACCAAAUGCAUCCACAAGUGCUUCAACUGAGGAAGAAGAUUCCGAUCCCAAAACUAAGCUUAAGCCUUUCUUCUGGGAUAAGGUUCAAGCCAACACUGACCAAUCAAUGGUUUGGCAUCAUGUCAAGGCAGGAUCUUUCCAGUUUGAUGAAGAGCAGAUAGAGACUCUAUUUGGAUUUGCCUCUGCUGAAAAAAAGAAGAAUGGGUCAAAGAAGGACUCCUCCCAAGAUCCUUCCAAUCUAUAUAUUCAAAUCAUUGACCAGAAGAAGGCGCAAAAUUUAUCUAUUCUUCUUAAAGCCUUAAACGUGACAACUGAAGAAGUUUGUGAUGCACUGAAAGAAGGAAAUGAGCUUCCAGCUGAACUCAUUCAAACUUUGAUAAAGAUGGCACCAACUGCUGAGGAAGAACUGAAGCUGAGGAUCUACAAUGGGGAACUUUCUCGGCUUGGGCAGGCAGAGAGGUUCCUGAAAGCUUUGGUUGAGGUUCCAUUUGCAUUCAAAAGGCUAGAGACAUUGCUUUUCAUGUGCACUCUUCAGGAUGAGGCGUCACUGAUCAAAGAAUCAUUUGCCACCUUGGAGGCUGCUAGCGUAGAACUCCGGAAUAGCAGACUGUUUCUCAAGCUCCUUGAGGCUGUUUUAAAAACUGGCAAUCGGAUGAAUGAUGGAACGUUUCGUGGUGGUGCACAAGCAUUUAAGCUUGACACGCUUCUGAAAUUAUCAGAUGUAAAAGGAAUAGACGGGAAAACUACAUUGUUGCAUUUUGUUGUUCAGGAGAUAAUCCGCUCAGAAGGUAUACGAGCUGCUCGUGCUGCCAGGGAUCAACGGAGCUUGUCUAGCAUCAAGUCUGAUGAUCUACUCGAGGAUUUGCCUCAGGAUCAAGAAGAUCAGUAUCGAAAUACCGGUUUACAAGUUGUCUCCGGUUUGAGUAGUGAUCUUGGAAAUGUGAAAAAAGCUGCAAUUCUGGACGCAGAUAACUUAACAGGCAUAGUGUCCAAACUUGGCCAUGCACUUAUAAAAGCACGCGAGUUCCUGAAUUCAGAGAUGAAGAAUAUGGAUGACGAAGAUGGGUUUCACCAGACCAUGAAGAACUUUGUGCAGAAUGCUGAGGGUGAUGUCAUGUCAUUACUUGAGGAAGAAAAGCGAAUAAUGGCUCUGGUUAAGAGCACAGGUGAUUAUUUCCACGGAAAUGCUAAGAGGGAUGAAGGUUUGCGAUUAUUUGUGAUUGUUAGAGAUUUUCUAGUUAUUUUGGAUAAGGUAUGCAGAGAGGUAAAGAAUGCUCCAAGAAAGAUAAAUAGCACACCAAGGAGAGAAAAUGUAACUCUUACAACUUCAGAAUCCACCCUUUCACAGCUGCCUGAUCAAUCUGUCCCUUCACCACGACCUGAUCAAUCCAUCCCUUCAGCACGACCUGAUCAAUCCGUCCCUUCAGCUCGACCCGAUCAAGCCAUCCUUUCAGCACGACCCGAUCAAGCCAUCCCUUCAGCACGACCCGAUAAAGCUAUCUCUUUAGCACGACCCGAUCAUGCCAUCCCUUCAGCACGACCCGAUCAGCGUCAGAAGCUUUUCCCGGCUAUUGCAGACAGGCGAAUUGAUGAUUUUAGUUCAGACGAAGACAGUCCUUAAAUACAUUUUUCUCACCAAGUACAAG